AACAGCUCCCCUCCUCAAACCACCACCACCACUCGCCCGCCCUUGCUUUUGCUUCUGACGUUGCACCAGCGGCGUCUUCUCACCUCGUUCCCUCCUCUUAUAAUACACAUUCCAAUCAUGCAGUCCUUUUCCAGAGCCACCCGCGCCUCUGCGCUGCGCAAUGUCGGCCGCCGCGCCUACUCGUCGUCGCAGUACGCCAAGACCAUCAACAACCUGCGCAUCAACAGCGACACCAAGGUCAUCUACCAGGGCUUCACCGGAAAGCAGGGAACCUUCCACGCGCAACAAGCUAUCGAAUACGGAACCAAGGUCGUUGGUGGAACGAACCCCAAGAAGGCUGGCACGACUCAUCUCGACCUCCCCGUCUUCAAGAAUGUGUCGGAAGCCGUCAAGGAGACUGGCGCCACUGCGACCGCCCUCUUCGUCCCUCCCCCCGUUGCCGCCGCCGGUAUCGAGGAGGCUCUCGAGGCCGAGAUCCCUCUCGUCGUCUGCAUCACUGAGGGUAUUCCCCAGCAUGACAUGGUUCGCAUCACCGACAUGCUCAAGUCGCAAAACAAGACCCGCCUCGUCGGCCCCAACUGCCCCGGCAUUAUCGCUCCCGAACAGUGCAAGAUCGGUAUCAUGCCCGGCUUCAUCCACAAGCGCGGCCGCAUUGGUAUCGUCUCCCGCUCCGGUACCCUGACCUACGAGGCCGUCAACCAGACCACCCAGGCCGGUCUGGGUCAGUCCCUCGUCGUCGGUAUCGGUGGUGACCCCUUCAGCGGCACCAACUUUAUCGACUGCCUCAAGGUCUUCACCGAGGACCCCGACACCGACGGUAUCAUCAUGAUUGGUGAGAUUGGUGGUUCCGCCGAGGAGGACGCCGCCGAGUUCCUCAAGCAGGCCAACACCGUCCAGGGUGGCAAGCCCGUCGUCAGCUUCAUCGCCGGUAUCUCUGCUCCUCCCGGCCGACGAAUGGGUCACGCCGGUGCCAUCGUCUCCGGCGGCAAGGGUGGUGCCGACACCAAGAUCAAGGCCCUCGAGGACGCCGGUGUCAUUGUUGAGCGCUCUCCCGCUGGUCUGGGCAAGGCUCUGUACAACGAGUUUGUCCGUCGGGAUCUGCUAUAA